ACCAACCACAUCAUCAUCUCUCUGAAGAGAGUCGCCCAUAAAUCUAUUUAUGACUUCUUUUAUCACAACUUGACAUAAAUAUUUUUGCCUCCCCUCAUCUUUACAAGUCACGAGGAAGAAACAAAUCAGAAAGAUUUGAUUUCAGAUCGAACAAAAUUAAUAUCAAAACUUCGAGACGAAAUAAAGAGAGUGAAGAGAAAACUCGGUGUGGAUUCUUAAAUCCCACUUCUCCAUCCCGUUCGUCACCGAUUUAUGUAACAACACGAGUCUUGAAGGUGAAGUAAUCAAGUUUUUUUGUACUCUCCUCUGCAUCUCGAGCGUACCUCAAAGAUGGGUCGGUUGCUACUUGAACUGCAAGCAAACGCACCCACCGAUGCAACCCCUAAAACCAGAGGAGGGUUGAACGACACCUACUUCGACACUAACAUGGUCAUCAUUUUAGCUGCUUUACUCUGCGCUUUAAUCUGUGCUCUAAGCCUCAACUCUGCCUUGCGAUGUGUGCUACGCAUCACUCGGAGACUCACUUCGGAUGAUCAAGUCGCAAACGCUUCAAACGCAAACGCAAAUUCUGGACGUUUAGUAGCUACAACGGGGAUCAAGAAACGGGUGCUAGAGCAAAUCCCUGUUGGAUUGUACGGAUCAGGGAACAUUGACAUGAAAGCUACGGAGUGUUUGAUAUGUCUAGGAGAUUUCGUGGAUGGAGAGAAAGUUAGGGUUUUGCCUAAAUGUAACCAUGGCUUCCACGUGAGGUGCAUAGAUACUUGGCUGGUCUCGCGUUCCUCUUGCCCUACUUGCAGACAAUCGCUGCUCGUUGAGCAAACGUCGCCGAUGGCUGUUUCCCGCCGGGACGAGGACGUGGUAUAGUUUCCAUCACAUAAUUUAAGGACAUGCAUGAUUUGUGAUUUUUCUUAACUAUGCUCUCUCAAGUGGGCUUGGUUUUUUGUUGGUUGGUUACAUAACUGUUUUUGUGUGUGCAAACUAAUGUGAUUAAUUUACACAUAUUCUUGUGCUGGUAAAUUUAGUGUGAUGGGUUUUCUUGAAAUCAAAGCAAGUCUUUACUGAUUUUUUAAUGUUUUCUUCCCCCAAAAAAAAAAAAGGUUGUUGUAAUGAAAAGAUUAGGAGUUUUAUUACCGACAACGGAUAAUGCAUUUAAUUAACCGGA